AACGAAAUGGUAAAAGAUACACUCCUGUAGGAACGACUGUUGUGUCUCCAAUGAGCUCUGCAUCUCCUGUCGAUUCAAGAAUGACUCCGAUUCGGAGGUCUUUGUUUCAAAAACGUCGUAUGACAUCCGGCAAAAGAAGAAAAGAUUCAUUUAUGGCACCCAUCAAUAACGAAUCCAGGGACGAUGAGUCAAUCUAUUCUGAAAAUACAAAUACAAAUACAUCCAGCAAGAAAAAAGAUGGUCCACUGAGUAAUCUCCGGGACAGAUUCAAUCACAUUCAAAGCGGUUUAGGCUCAAUAAAUGAAGAGCGGAAUAAUCUUGUCGAGAAAGCGAGACAACUCGACAAAGAGAAGCAAUCCAUCCAGAAACAAUUGGAACUCCGUGAACGUGAGAUUUUUGCACUCAUUAGGAGAUGCGCCUCCCAAGAAGAAAAGAUGCGUGAAUCGAGCAAGCUGCGAUCAAAAAAUAAGACUUUACAAAAAGAUCUCGACGAAAUCACGCGAAAAUUAGACGGAAUAGAAGACAAGAAACAAGACCGUCUGAGUAUCGAAAAAAGGUUACAAGAAUCGGAAUUAGACAGAGAAAGGUUGAAAGAUCGUCUAGCACAACUUCAACGAGAACAUGACUCGAUAGCAGACACAUUACAAGAAUGCUUGGGGAAAAUUCGUGUGUUAACUGAAGAAAAGCAUGCAAUCGAAGAAGAACGUCGAAGGGAACGAAAACGAGCAGAAAUCGAACUUGAGAAACAACAUCUGGCACAUGUGAAUAACUCAAACUGUUUGAAGGAAGAUAUACAAGCGCAUCAAAGAAAAAUUCAUGAAAUGGAGAGUAUACUUCAAGAUAAUAUGAAGUCAAACACAGCCUUGCGACGUGAAAAGGCUGCAAUGUCCCAGGGACAGCAAGAGGAGAUACAAGGGAUUAUUAAACAGUAUGAGGAACAAUUGAAAGAUAUGGAGAAAAUAAGAAACGAGACAAACGUGGACAACAAAGUUCAUCAUAAAGUUGAUGGCGAGAAGUUGAAUGUUGAGUUAACAGUUUUGACAGAAAAAUUGGAAUCAAAAGAUGCUAGAAUUGCAGAACUAGAAUCAGAAUUUUCUGACCAGAUGAUGGAGCUGAUGUCUAAGCAAGGUAGUUUGGACAGUGCCGAGGAAGAGAAAAGAAAGUUGGAGUUGAAAGUCGAGGCUUUCAAGAAAGUAGAAAUUGAGCACUCUGCCUUGCUAGACUUUGUAGAUAUACUAGAUUCGAACUUAGCUGAGCUGACGGUGACGAAUGCAAAUCUAGAACUUCAGAAGGACGAAAUGCGUGACGAGACCAAUGAGCUUCGAAAGAAAGUCACUAUAUUGCAAAAGCAACUGUCGAACCUAAUGAACAACAACAGAGCUAAAGAAAGCGACUUUCGAGAACUAUUGAAUUCCGAAAAGGAAGAACUUCGAAACGAGGUAGAGGAAUCGCUGAAUAAAGCACGAGGAGAGAUUCUUUCACUUCAGGCUGAACUUGAAAGGAGAAAUAGAAGUAUCAUAAAUCUGGAAACUGAGCUUCGAAAUACUCGAAAGAUAGUUAUUGAAAAGGAGGAAGAAAUUGUUCGAAUCUUGAACGAGAUGGAGAAUCUAUGCUCAAAUCUUGGAACAGACUUAGAGAAGGCCCGAGACGAAGUUGCUCGUCUAGAAGCUGAAGUAUUUUCGAAAGAUCAAAAGCUUGCUUCUAUCGAAGGGCACUUGGAGGGCGCAAAGGAGGUUCAGGAACUAGAGGAAAAAGUUGAAGAGAAUCUCGAGUGUCAGCUACAACUGACAACAAAAGAUUUUGAUGACAAUGAAAGUCUUUUAGGAUCAAAAGGGACAGCUUAUAUUUCUAAGGAGCGAAAUGUUGAUAUAGUCGUGAGGGAGAUAACAGACUACGACAAGCUCGAAGAGAGGAUACGUAUUCUAGAGAAAGAGCUGUCGGAAGCACAACUUUCUCGAUCGGAAUCGGCAACAAAUUUGAAGAAGGCACAAGAAACGAUCGCAGAACUCGAAAAACAACUCAUCGGAGAGGAUGCACGCACCAUUUCACUUGAAACUGAACUGUAUCAGGCUACUACUGAUUUAUCAAAGGAAGAAUCUAAAGUUUUGUCAAUCGAAAAUGAUCACCUUGCACGCGAACAGUUCCAGAUGGAUUAUGAAAAAAAAAUCCAGGAAACGUCUUCAAAAGUUGCUACACUUGAGGAUGAGAUUUCAGAGAUGAGGAAUCAAUCGAAUAAUCUAGAUAUAAAACUUGAAGAAUCCUAUAGAGAGAACGCUAUGAAGGAUGAGGUUAUAUCAACACUGAGAACUGAGUUGCUGGAAGGUCAAGAAGAAUCGAAAGCAUUGUUUUCAGAGCUUGAUAUCAAAAAUAAAAGAAUAAAGGAUCUUGAGCUAUUACUUGAUGAAAAACAACUCGAGUUUCAAACGACGAUGGACGACACAAAUUCUGCGUUGGCAAGAAAGGAAGAUUACAUUAAAGCUAUAGAAGAUCGAGCGUCAAAUAAUCAAGAAAAUGCUAAAAAACUCGAAGCAUUACUAACCCAAGCAGAGGACGACAUUGUCUUGCUUGAGGAAGAAAUCCAAUACCAGGAAAAAGAAAGAGAGACCCUGAGCGAAGAAUUGAAGAAAGUCAAUCAGAACUCUCGCGAUAAGUAUUUAGAAUCAGAAAAGAAAAUGGAGUGUUUGCUCUUAAGCGAGAGCUAUUUGACCAACCAACUGGAGAAAACCAACGCCAUCUUGACGGAAGAAAGAGAAUCCUGGGUUGCGAAGCAUAAUAGUUCUAACGAGGAGCUCGCUAGUCUUCAAGUCAAAAUUAUGGAGUUACAGGAAUCUCUGACCGAUCGAGAGAAAGCAACACUAGAGAACGGCGAAGAAGAGGAAGAAAAUCUGAGUUCAAUCUUGGAGGGUCAAUUAUUGGAAGCAAAAAAUACGAUUGUGGAGUUGGAACUAGAAGCUAACGCGAAGGACCGAAAACUCAAUGAUCUUGAACAACAAAUCAAUGACAGAGAGUCUGAACUCGCCGUGAACGAGAUUCGAAGGGUUGAAAUGGAAGUCGAACUCACCAGUGCAAAUGAGAAAAUGAAGGAGAUGAAAACAAAUAUUUGUGCUCUAGAAUUGAGAUUAGUUGGAAUUGGCGACGAAUUAGAACACAAACGUCACGAAAUUGAAGAAGAGGGCAAAAAGACUUCAUCUCUGCAAAGUAAAUGUAGCGAGUUAGAAAAUGAGGUACAGUCUUUGAAUCAAACACUUCAGGUUCAAGAAGAGAAGCUUGUGAAGACGAACGACGAGCUCGAAAUAAAGAAAACGGAUAUUUUGAAAAAAGAAAAAAUCAUUGAAACAUUACAGGCAUCGAUACGAUCCUUGGAAAAAGAUGCAGAUCAAACUAGAAAUGAAGUUUCUUUACAAAACGAUGCUGUGGCUAUCCUUCAAGAAGUUGCCGAAAACUUAAAGUCAGAUUUAUUCAAGGCUGAAACUGAAUUAACUGAAAAGAAUAAAACAACUUUGUCUCUUGAAGAAGAUGUUGAAUCAGAGAAGGCAAUUCGCAUGGAUCUUCAAGGCGAGCUCACAAUCGCAAAGGUCAAGAUAAACGAAUACGAGAAGAUGAAAGUCGACCUUCAAGAGCGUCUGGAAGUGGAAAAGCAGGGAUGCAAAACGUUUGAAGAAAAACUUUUAGAAGCAAAGAUCGCUUUAGAAUCUCUCGAGUCUUCAAGUGGGGAACGCAUCGCAGGGCUCGAGAAUCAAAUUGCCGAAUUGAGAGGAGACUCUACUUUCAGAGAGCAGGAAGAGUCAACUAAGCGGAAGAAUGCAGAGGAAUUGGCUGCUUUGUUGAAGAAAGAGAUCACUACUCUCAGAAACGAAGAAUUGCAACAAAAAUCCACAAGAAAAUCAGAAAAGGAAUCUAUGGUGAAAGAAAUUGAAGCGCUGAAGUCCGAACUAGAAAUGCUUUUACUGAAGAACGUGGACCUGUCAGAACAGCGCGAAAAAGAAGCUGAGAUGCGAAUAACGAGCACUGAACUUUUUGAGUCAUCGAUUCAGGAACUGAAGGCCCAACUCAGUAACUUGAUUUCCACAAUAGACGAGCGCGAUGCGAUGAUUCAGGAAUUGAACACAAAAAUUGACGCUCUAAAGAACAAAGAAGAAGAAGCCCGAGUUCAACUCGGCAGUGCAAAAGCUAAUCUUGAAGCAGCUGCAGCACGUGAGAAAGAACUAGACAUGAAAUUCAGAAACAAAGAUUCUGUACACAAGCAAGAGCUUGAGUCAACCUUGAAGAGGAUACAAGAAUUGGAAAGCAAAGUAGAGGAGAGGGGUGGCCUUCUCGGUGAAGUGGUCGACCGCAACAAGAAGAUUGAGUCAGAACUACAAAAAGAGCAAACAAAUCGUCUAAGGUUAGAAGCUGCAUUUGCGGAAGAGCGAAAUAUACUAGAAGUGAAUAGAAAGGAUCUCGAAAAGGCACAAGAAGACCUCCGAAGAAAUCAAAGGAACAUCGAGUCAAAGAUUAAGGAGGAACGCAGUCAAAAAGAAGAAGCACAAUUAUCGCUUAAAAAGUUGCAGACGUCGUGCAAGGAAAGCAUGAGGACAAAAAGACUUGCGAAUGAUUUGGAACGGGAAAACAAGGAGUUAAAAGACAAGAUUCGGCGCCAAGAAGAAUAUUUAAAGAGGAAGCUUCAGAAGGAAAAGGCACACCGAUCACACAUGACUCCAGCGAAAAGCCCCAUUAGUCCUUUUCAGAGCUUUGCAAGAACUCCGCUCAAGAAUAUGACAAACAGUUCUUCUAAAGCUGCUCCUCCGUCUUCCGCAUAUUCAAGAUCCAAAUUACAACCACCUUCUGCCAUUGGACGUAGCAUUUCAACACGAAUACCAUCUACCAAUACCAAACGGAGGUCGACCUCAUCUGUGGCUAACAGCCGAGUCGGGAUAAGUCCGAAAAGCAUUCGGAGUGUGAGGACGACUGUGAUUCAAACGCCUGUGAAGCAAGUAUCGCCCUUAUCUGCGCAAGAUAUUUUGCAAUUCGAGCUAGACGACGAUCAUUCUGUUUCGUCUGACUUAUCUGCAAUCUUUCUGUAAUCAUAACUACUCGAUUCUGCUGGAUUAUGGGAACUGGAUUGGAGACGAGAAUUAUGCUAUAGUACAUUCGAAAAAUAUUUAAUUUGUACAAACUUAAAAGGGGGAUUUAUCGAUUGUAAAAAAAUAGAAAAGAAACACACGA